ACCAGUAUUUUUGUAAUCACGCGCCGUCAGUGCAGAAGCCAUGUGUCCCCUAGGUAAAAUAAUGGGAUGGUUGGAACCUCUUAAUGUUGAUGGCAACAUUAUUCAGACACUAUAAUGUUUAUUUAACUUGCCUGGCAAAACAACCCUUCUUCGAAACUGCUUGAAUCAUAAACACACUGUCAGUGCUAAUGUCUUCACUGUUUAUCUCAGACUGCAGAACAUUCCAGGAAUUAGACAGUAAUGACCAUUAGUAUCAUGUCAACAGUCUCUGCAAUCAAAUACGCGUGAAAAACAUUCAUUAGUUUGAAAAUAUUUUUGUUCUCUAAGUACAUCAGUUAUUAUUUGAUUAGAAAUCAUUGAAACAAUAUCAUAUAUGUAAUUGUUUAAUGUUCAAAAUGAGUAUUCCUAAUCAGCCUCGAAAUUUUGCGUUUCCUAAGCGUACAUUCGGGAAGAAAAAGCCAGAACAGCGUUCAUUCCAAUCUUGUUGGUUUGAUUCCUUCACAUGGCUCCACUACGAUGAGAGCCGGGACCUUGCGUUCUGCCACCUCUGCAUGGCGGCCAAGAAGUUGGGCAAGAUCGGCAACACGAAGGUGGACGGCAGCUUCAUCAGUGAUGGCUUCUCCAAAUGGAAAGCGGGUACCGAGAAGUUCCGGAAGCACGAAAAAAGCGAGUGCCACAAGGAGGCGGUCGAGCGACUGGUGACGCUUCCCGCCACGACGCGUGACGUUGGGGAGAUGCUGUCAGCGGGGCACGCUAAGGAGAAGGCCGACAACCGGAAGCAGCUGCUGCAAAUCCUACGCAGCAUACGGUUCCUCGCACGCCAGGGCAUCGCGCUACGUGGGCACGACGACGAUGAGGGGAACUUCAUGCAGCUGCUACAACACCACGGGGAGACGGACAGCUCUAUUCUCGCGUGGCUGGAACGGAAGCGGGACAAGUUCGUCGCCCCUGAUAUCCAGAAUGAAAUACUCCAGCUCAUGGCACUGCGCAUCCUCCGUAAAGUGGCCAGCGACAUCAAGACAAACGAGUUCUACACAAUCAUGGCUGACGAGACAACAGACAAGUCCAACCGAGAACAAGUGGUGGUAGUCUUCAGACACGUGGACGAGGACUUAAAUGUGCACGAGGACUUUGUUGUGUUUCACCAAGUAAAUUCCAUUGACGCCACUACACUGACGUCGGUCAUAGAAGACACUCUUCUAAGAAUGAACCUAUCCUUGAGCCAGUGCAGAGGGCAGUGUUAUGACGGGGCCAGCAACAUGACCGGAGCGAAGCGUGGUGUGGCGACCAACAUCUUAGCAAAGGAGGAGCGAGCUGUGUUCACGCACUGCUACGGACAUGCACUCAAUCUGGCCGUUGGGGACUGUGUACGUCAGUGCAAGCUCUUGUGCGACACCAUGGAUACAGUGCAUGAAGUCUCCAAACUGAUUAAGUAUUCACCAAAGAGGGACAGUACCUUACAGACCCUGAAGGAGGAGAUGAGCCCCGAUACCCCUGGUUUCCGUGUACUGUGCCCCACGAGAUGGACAGUGCGUGCAGCAAGCCUGUGUAGUGUCUUAGACAACUACACUGUGUUACAGACCUUGUGGGACACCUGCUACGAGCAGACCAAAGACUCGGAGAUCCGUUCCAGGAUAGUAGGCGUGCGGUCCCAGAUGGAGAGCUUCGACCUCUUCUUUGGUGUCCAUCUGGGUUACAUCAUCCUGCGACAUACAGACAACUUGAGCCGCACCCUACAACAGAAGGACAUGUCCGCAUCAGAGGGUCAGGCAGUUGCUUCAAUGACGGUAGAAACAUUGACCAGCAAGCGCUCCGACGAUGCCUUCGACAAGUUUUGGGUUGACGUCAACAGCCAGCUCGAUGACGUCGACGUAGGAGAGCCAGUGGUUCCCAGGCGACGCAAGAUGCCGAAACGCUAUGACGUUGGAACCGGGGCCCACGAGUAUCCAGCCACAGCACGUGAUCGGUACCGCCAGGUCUACUUUGAAGCAUUCGAUUUGGUGAUCGCGUGUAUCAAGGACAGAUUCGAUCAGCCACGCUACAAAACCUACAGAUCCCUCCAAGACCUUCUGGUGUGCUGCGCCUGUGGUGGUGACUACGCCACUCAUCUGCGGAGCGUGAUGGACUUCUACAGGGACGACUUCAACGAGCAGGCGCUCACCACUCAGCUGGAGACGUACCAGGUCGCCGUACGGGACAAGAAGGUCAAGACCAUCACGGACAUUGUCACGUUCUUCCGCGACUUGUCUCCUGAGUCUCGCCUCUUUUUCUCGGAGGUGAUGCGCGUCCUCCGCCACGUCCUGGUAAUGCCCGCCACCAACGCCACCAGCGAGAGGUCCUUCUCCGGCCUGAGACGCCUGAAGACGUACCUCCGGACGUCUAUGACACAGGAGAGACUCACCCACCUCAUGACGCUCCACGUGCACAGGUGUGCUACCGACGCAAUGGACUUGUUAGAUGUUGCCAAUGAGUUCGUCAGUGUGAAUGAAUCACGGUUAACUAUCUUCGGGAAGUUUUCAUAGAAUGUGACACUUGGCAUUAACAUUACGCGAACAGUGCAUGAUAAAUUGUGGCUUAAAAAUGAAUUAUCCGUAAUUUUUGUUUAUUUAACUUAAUUUAAUAAUAUUUAUUCAUCCUGGUUCAGUAUUUUAAUAGUGCUCGAAAUGUGGAUACAUUCUUUACUAAUCAUGUCAUAUUGUAUUGGUUGUUGUGUAUUUUCAUGUGGUUAUUUAUAACACUCUCCCAUUUUCAGGUGUUAAAUAUGUCCAUCAGUAAUAAAAUAUAUCCGUUGUGAAUGUAAUGUUAAUGUUUUUAUUUUUCAUAUCACUUGUAAA